UUUUCAGAUCUGGUAGCUCAGCGAGGAGAAAGAUUGGAAUUAUUGAUAGAUAAAACAGAAAAUCUUGUGGAUUCAUCUGUCACCUUCAAAACAACCAGCAGAAACCUUGCCCGCGCCAUGUGUAUGAAGAACAUCAAGCUUACCAUCAUUAUCAUCAUCGUCUCAAUUGUGUUCAUCUAUAUCAUUGUAUCAUCUCUCUGUGGUGGAUUUACAUGGCCAAACUGUGUAAAGAAAUAAAAAGUUCUCAUUAACCAACAAUAUGAGAGACAAAGGAAAUAGAAGCAAUCCAUGUGACUCAAGCCUUUUACUGCUCAGAAAAUUGUCUGCCUGUC